AAUCACUCAUCCAAUGACCUACACUAUCUAUAAAUACUAAGGAAAACAAGUCUAUAUCAUCCAUACCGAACACAUCAACAGAUUGCCACGUUAUAUGAAAAGUUUUUAAAUCAAUAUAUUGUAUAAAGAGGAUUCAACUAUGUCGGAGAAACAGCUGAUAACUUCAGCGGUGCAGAAGGCCACGAAUGUUACUUUCCAAGAAAACUUUGUGAGUCGUGAUAAGAGAGGUCAGGUCCUAGGACAAGGAAACCGUUUCUUGGGAUGCACAGUAUGGUUAACUGGACUCUCCGGAGCAGGAAAGACAACCCUAUCUUUUGCUCUGGAAAAUUAUUUGGUCAGUCAGGGAAUUCCAUCAUACAGUUUGGAUGGAGACAACGUAAGAACUGGUUUGAACAAGAAUCUUGGAUUCACACCAGAGGAUCGUGAAGAGAACAUCAGACGUAUUUCUGAAGUUGCAAAGUUAUUUGCUGAUGGUGGAAUAGUGUGUCUGACAUCAUUCAUCAGUCCAUAUGAAAGGGACAGGGAAAAGGCAAGAGAACUGCAUGAGAAAGCUGGACUUAAGUUUGUGGAAGUAUUUGUAGAUACCCCUCUAGAAGUUUGUGAAGAGAGAGAUGUCAAAGGACUGUAUAAGAAGGCCAGAGCUGGACAAAUUAAAGGGUUCACUGGUGUGGAUUCAGCCUAUGAACCUCCUUCUAAUCCUGAUGUUAGAGUAAAGGCUGGUGAAUUUAUUGUGGAUGAAUGUGUUAAUCAGAUUGUUCUACAUCUCAUGGAAUUGGGAGUAGUUCCCUCUACAGCAGUUAGGAGUGUGAAGGAGUUGUUUGUACAAGAGAACCAACUAGAAGCUGCCAAGGCAGAGGCUGAAGCUCUUCCAUGCAUAGAGAUCAAUAAGCUUGAUACUCAGUGGGUGCAAGUUUUAUCAGAAGGCUGGGCAACACCAUUGAGUGGUUUCAUGAGGGAGAGAGAGUAUUUACAGUGUCAGCACUUUGGAUGUUUGUUAGAUGGAGGUGUGACCAAUCAGUCUGUACCCAUUGUACUUCCUGUUUGUACUGAAGAUAAGGAGAGGCUGAAGGAUUGUACUGCCUUUACGUUAAAGUAUGAAGGGAGAAAUAUAGCCAUCCUGCGUGAUCCAGAAUUCUAUCCACAUAACAAGGAGGAGAGGUGUUGUAGACAGUUUGGGACUAGUAAUAAGGGCCAACCAUAUGUCAAGAUGAUAUAUGAAAGUGGUGACUGGUUGGUUGGUGGUGACUUGUCGGUGUUAAAACGGAUAACUUGGAACGAUGGUCUAGAUGAAUAUCGAUUAACACCAUUAGAACUAAGAGCAGAAUUUAGAAGAUUAGGGGCAGAUGCAGUGUUUGCAUUUCAGCUACGCAAUCCUAUACACAAUGGACAUGCUCUCUUAAUGGCAGAUACAAAGAGAAGACUUAUAGACAAAGGAUAUAAAAAACCAACCCUACUUCUACAUCCUCUAGGUGGUUGGACAAAAGAUGAUGAUGUACCAUUACCUAAUCGUAUAGAACAACAUAAAGCUAUAUUAGAAGAAGGUGUUUUAGAUCCAGAAUCAACAGUGCUAGCCAUAUUUCCAUCACCAAUGAUGUAUGCAGGUCCAACAGAGGUUCAGUGGCAUGCCAAAGCCAGAAUGUCCACAGGAGCAAACUUCUACAUAGUUGGUAGAGAUCCAGCAGGGAUGCCACAUCCAGAUGGUGGGAAAGAUCUAUUUGACCCAUCACAUGGAGCUAAGGUUUUGACAAUGGCGCCAGGUCUCACACAGUUAGAAAUAGUACCAUUCAGAGUUGCAGCUUACAACAUCAAACUCAAAUGUAUGGAUUUCUAUAAUCCCGAGAAGAAAGAAGAUUUUGAAUUUAUUUCUGGCACAAAAAUGAGAAAGUUAGCCAGGGAAGGUCAUAAUCCACCGGAUGGGUUUAUGGCACCAAAGGCGUGGAAGGUCCUUCAAGCGUAUUACCAGUCUUUGAACAACCAAUAACACUUAACUCUGAAUAAAAAUCUAUGUGAUAAUGGGAUAGACAAAUUGAGGGACCAUAUUUAUUCAAGAAGUUGUACUUCUUACAUUUACCUUUAAUGAAACAUGCUUCAAAUAUGUGUAUUAUAAAAAGAAAAAAAUCUUUUAGAAAUAUUUACAAUUUACGCAAUUUUUUUUAAUAGGGGUCUGAUCAGAAUUAUGUAAAGUAUAAUUAUUUAUAAAAAGUCUGCAUUAUUCACCUCUUUUCUCAAGUUUUUGCAAUUUUUUAUUUGCUAAAAAGUUUUUAAUUUUUUAUUCAAAUUUUUUGUGAAACUUUAACUUUUAAAUUCAAAAUUGAUUUUAUGCAAAAUAAGUGGUAUAUAUAUUAUCAACAUUUUUGUGUGCGGUAUAGUUUUGUGUAAUUACUAAUACACAAUGUCUUGCAGUUAUAUUUGAAUUAUUAUAAGAUUUAUUUUUAAAUCUUAUUUAGAUAUGAACAAUAUUUGUUUGAGGUUGUGCAGAUUUUCAAAUGCUUUUUUUCACAUCAAGAAUUUUACUGAAAACUUAUUAUUAAAUAUUUUUCAAUGUGAAAAUCAUCACUGCCAAGUAAAAGGCAAAAGGUAUGGACCAAUCUUCCUAGUUCUUUGUUUAUUCCAAUUGUGGUUGUCGGAUACCCUUUCUACAAAUAUGUUUUUUUGUCUUGUAACUUGCAUUAAUGAAGCAGUUUAGUUGUUAUAGUAUAUUUUAUCUUUAUUUAUUAUAAAUUUGUAUUGGCUAUUUAUAAAUCUGCUGCACAGAACUUUUAUGAAAUUUAUAUUUUACAUAUUUCUGAAUGCAAUGUUACUUGUAUCAAAAUUUUAAGUAUUUUUUAUUGAUUGUUAAGAGAGAAAAUAUAUUUUGUUUGAAUUUCAAAGAUUUUAGAUAUACAGUUGGGACCUAG